AGUCGCCGCCUUCAACUCGCCUCAAAACAGGAGGUCUCUUUUGCAGCGGUUCAACCUGUUCAAAGCCAAUAGAAGAGCCACGAAACUUUGAGGAACCAUGGAGAACAUCAUUAGGCAACAUCUUCAGGAUACUUUUGAGGAUCUGGGGGAGGAAAAGCUUAGAAGGUUUAAAAUCAAAUUGCGUGAUCGGACGGAAGAACCGGUUGUACGGCAAGCUACAAUCGAAAAAAUUAAAGACGCUCUAGAUCUCGUCGAUGUAAUGGUGAACACUUUCACAUUGAAACGCUCUGUUCAUGUCACACUCGAGCUUUUAACGGCUAUUAAAGAAAAUAAACUGGCAGAGGACCUCAGAGAGAACACGAGAGACGUGGCUCCAGUUGUUCUUCAACCAGGCCCGAGUGCUCCAUCUAAUGUUGUUCCUCAACCAGACCCCAGUGCUGUAUCUAAUGCGCAACGCUUCAUAGAUGAGAAUGAAAUAGAGCUGAUAAAUCGAGUUCAUAGUGUGGACCCCAUCCUUGAUCAACUUCGUGUGAAGAAAGUCAUCACAGACGAGGAUUACAGCAACAUUCGUGCUGAGAAAAUCCCACAAGAAAAGAUGAGAGCUUUACUGCUCAUAAUUAAAUCUGUUGGCUCUAUGGGGAAAUAUCUUUUAUAUGAAGCUCUCAAGAAAUCAAAUGGCAUGCUAAUGCAAGACCUUGAGGCUCAGAGAUGAUGAAAUCUGUUAAAUAUUUUUUUUUACUUUAAAUUUAAAUUUCAUUGUUUUAAAAAUAGGCCUUUUAUCACAAACUGCAAAACCAGCUAAGUUUGAAUGUUGUUUCAUCUGCUUUGUUUAUUUUUUCCCCCCAAAAUCAUGUCCAAAAUCUUGCUUAGUAACAAAAACCAUUACAUCUUAAUUGAGGAUUAAAACGCUUGUAUAA